GCUGUAGACACUCUACUAGAGCAUGGAGCUAACCCCAGUCUUCGUCUUUCCAGGGGGGUGGGGUCUGCUCUUUGUGCAGCUACAUCGUUCAUGGCUGAAAGAAGAAGAACUCCGGCCGGAAGAAUAAAACUUGUGAGUUCACAACUCAUUAGCUGCUCCUUUCCUCUUAGAAACCAAAGUCGUCAUUUCCAAAAAAUCUUAAAUUUAUUUUCGUUGUGUAAAAAAAUGGAAAUAAACAUCAGCACGUUAAAGAACCGUGGAAGAGGUUUCAUUUGAAUGGUCACGUAGACCAUGGAUUUCCGUCUUGAACGCGCAAGUUAGAACUAUCUUACAGAGUCAAAAUUACUUUUAAAUCCCGAAUUUUGUUUUGCGCCACUGAAAAACAAUGUUUACUACAUGAUAGUGUGUACUGCUGUACAGGUUUUAUUUAUUUCUAGCGUCUGCGUAGAGGGCUAGCCGUAACUUGGUCUUAGAAUGAAAGGAUUAAUGACCGCUGAUUUCAUUUCCUUAUCAGAUUAACAAAAUGAUGAGAGCGGGCGCUAACAUCUUAUCUCCCAUAACGGUGAACCUCAAGUACCCUCCUGGUACUGUAGUGGAUUAUGCUUACAAUGUAUUUUAUCAGGUACACAUUUGUUUUAUUUUCUAAAGGCUGUUUUCUCUCCUUUUUUGGGACAGGGGGGUUGGUUUUAAAAGAAAAGCUGGGUCAAUCUAGGUUUAUGGGGAAACUGUCCUCCUACCCCUCCCCUUAGCCAACAUUAACACUUAUUUCUCACAUAGGGCAAAAUGUUGGCUUAGGGGAGGGGUAGGAAGGCGUUUUCCCAAAAACCUUAAUUGAUCCGAAAAACUUUGGUUCUGAUCUGUGUCCGUGGGUGAAUUAAGACCCAGUUUGUGGUGCGGUAUCGAAAUCAGAAGAUUUGGAUGGAGAAUGGAAAAUUGGUACAUGGUGUAAAGAACUUGAGCUUCUCGUUCAUAUCCAGAGGGUAGGGUGGGACAAGUUACCGCUUUUUCGGUGCCUUGUCUAGAACAGGGUUGGAAAAAGCAGCUGAAAAUGGUUUUGUAUUGGCCAAGUUAGUCAGGAUACCAGUGCCAGAUCCCCAAAUCCAUAGAAUACCCCCUGGGGGUAUUCUAAUUUCUAUAGUGUCUCAGUAAUCUGUCAGAAGGAAAUUCUUUAUAGUAUAGCACUUUGGCUAAUUAUCAGAAAACUGCUUAAGUAACUUAAAGUAACUUGGUAGUAAUCUAAAAUGAUUAACGAUAUAGUUUCUCUUUUUGUUUCAUCCAUAGGAUCGCAAGAUAGCUCACACUCCUUACCAUGCCCUCUCGGCGUUAGAGCGCGAGUGUUACAAUGCCCGCCGGGAAAUGCUUGACCAUUUAGGAGACCUAUUGCGAACAAAGGUGUUGAAGAAGGAAAAAGAACUGAUUGAAAAGCAGAUAGAGGAAGCCGAGCAACAAACUGGUAAGCUGUUUUCCCAUCCUGAGUCCAGUCAGGGCUCAUUUGUCAGGGUGUCUUUCUUUCUUCUCUUAUAGCCAGCGAAAACAGCCGUUUCUCCUCUCUCUUCACCGCUUGUGACGUUUCGCCAGGAGAGACGUGUGCGCCUCAGCGACAGAAAUUCCAUACUGGUGACGUAAAAUCUGUAAAAUCGAACAAAUUUACAUGUAAACAUUGAUUAACGUCAUCAUUGUGGAAUUUCUGUCGCUUAGGCGCAGACGUUUUGGGUGGCUUUUUCGUUUUAUCCAAAACUGUUGGCUAACCUUAUGGGUCCGGUCGAAAGUUCGAGGAUAUGGAGUAGCCAUACUUCCAGUAGACUAAUCUAGGGGACGUUUUGUAUGUAAAGCGAAAUUUUCAGGAGACCUUUUUUAACAAGAAAUGCAAUAUCUUGGUAAUAAAAUGUGAAAAACACAACCUUUGAAAAUCGGAGAUAACUUAGUAGAAAUACUUCAAUUAUCGUAGACUAAUGGAACGAUCGUCCAGAGAUUUCGAGCCUUUCUCGAGCUAUAUAAAUUUUUUAGACAAUAUUUGUUACUUGCUAACAGUUAUAUUACAGAAAAAGGUGGACUAGUGCCCCUAGUACAGUGUUUAGGCACAGAAAUAGUAUAUUGAUCUCAUUUGCGUCUUUCAUUUCAGUAGCACAGAAACCGGAAGGAACUCCUCAAUCUACCUGGGGGAUCCUGAAGUCACCUGAUAAAGCAAGCAAGAUGAGAGAACAGCACUCUACCACUGUUACAAGAAAUCUCGACUCUACCCCGGCAGGGAGAAAUAAUGAUCCUAACUUGGCUGGAGAAAAUGACAGCCUUAGGUUCAGCCGCGUAAGCUUUCGUCUUGAAAACGAGGUUUUUGGAGGGGAUGAAAUCGAGGCUGAAGCUGAUCGUGAAGUCGAGGCUAUCACUGGCGCUGACGGCGAGAGUCCGGGGACUUAUGAUGAAGUAGGAUACAGUAAUUAGUUAUGCUCUCUCAUUUGCUCCUUGACCGCCCGUAAUCGCCCCUGCGGAUCCACGUCCCUUCUACCGCUUGUGACUUUACCAGUUUUAACGGUCAAGGUAGACAGAGGUUUUCCAUCUAAUUUGUGCAGGAUGAAGAGAUCUUUCAAACCAUGCCACGCCGGAAAAAUAGGCAAAAAACAUGUAACUUUCUUAUGAGAAUCUUGGUCCACCACCCAACCUUAGGAUCCUUUGAAAACACUUUACCAUAAGCGAUUCCUACCGAAAUGAAGUCUCCUAAAUGCCUAGCAAAAAAACGAGGCAAAAAUAGCGGAAGAAGAAAGGAGGAGAGAUAGCGGAAAGAAAAAGUCAAGACUGGUGUCUCGAAAUUUUGCUUUCUGCGUAUGUAGAUCAGAAGGCCGCGUAUGGUUAAAUUUGUUUGUUUGCUUUAGUCGUAUUAUCAAUGAAAUUUCUAUUGGUUCGUCCUUAGGAAGAAAAGGAAGGGAUAACUUCAGAUACGUCGCCUGCUGCCGUUACCAGUAAAGAAAACACUCCGUGUUCCCCUGGGUCUGGGCUCAGUGCUGCCAAUCAGCCGUCCAUCAAGCCCUCGUCACCAGGUCGAGACGAAAACUGUGGAUUACGCAUUGCUGUGACCAAAGCCGCUGACCAUAUGAGCAUUUCAGCGCUGGCGACUCAAGCUUUGAAGCAGCGGAAGCAAGUGAUGAAAAACCGUUUCCGGUAUUGUUAUGAAUGUGGGCGCUCCAUUGGGAUUCGUUUGUCAGCAUGCACGCGGUGUAAAGAGGUGUUCUACUGCAGUAAAUCUUGUAAAUUAAAAGCUUGGAAUGCAAGGCACAGGGAAGAAUGCGUAAGAUUGACAGGUAAGAUGGUUAAAAAGUGAAAAUAGAGAGCCUAACUGUAAGCAACCACGAGGACAACGAGAACGACAACGUCGAAAAAAAAAUUGGUUUUAUGAGCAAACCAGCGGCUGCACGUGCAUCACGCUUUUUAGUACAUUUUUUUGACGUCCACUGCGCGACUACGACGUGAAACCAUCUAAUGCGACGUUUUAUACAGGGCGUGAACAUACGACGGCGAAUUUUCCUUUCUCUGUUUGAACCUGGAUUAAGUCCUCAAGAAUUCACCCCAAAAAAAUCGCCUACAUUUGAUAAAUUGAGCUGGUCUAAAUAGACCCAAUUAAAAGUACGCGAUUCAUUUCUUUUAGCGACGUUUCAGGGCCGUCGUUGUCGUCGUCUUUGCUUAAGCUCCCCACUUUUUUCGAGACUACGACGUUCGGCUUUCAACUAACGUUAUUAUCAAGUUAAAAUAUCUGAUAUAUGGAUAGGUUUAAUCGUAAAAUUUCUAGUCUACGAGCAGUCUCUCUUUUAUCUUAGUCCGUCGGGCGAAACGCGUCGAGCGAAAAUGACCACGCGCAUGACUGAAGGGUGCGAGACGGUGGGCUACCGCCCUCUUUUCUCGCGUCUCGCGGCUCGCGGCUUCGCCGCUCGAAGCUCCCGCGCGCGUGCAGCCCCCUCACUAAAUUUGAAAAAAAAGAGAGACUGCUUGCAGUCUAUAACGUUUCGUGCUCGUGGAGCUGGGGUUAAGGUCGUCCAGAGAAAGUUCUGCAAAAGAGGUUAAAAUUAAUUUGAAUGGUAACACUUUAGCAUUUCGUCCACAGACUCAAAAGUUAGAACUCCAAACUAAAUAAAUAGUACCAUGUGAAAGUACUGCCGAAGAGGUUUCAUUUGAAUGGUCACACCAUAGGAUUUCAUCCACAGACUCAAAAGUUAGAUCUACAUACUAAAUAAAUAGUACCAUGUGAAAGCACUACUGAAGAAGUUUCUUGUUAAAAUUUGAAUGGCAACACUUUCGGAUUUCGUCCAGAGAUUUAAUAGUUAGAGUGACAAUUGAUCUCUCCAUAACAUUUGUUUUGCUUAGGAGGAGUAAAAACAGUGUCAAGUCGCCGAGCGGACAGCCCAACUCCCACCACAGACCCGGAUGGCCCACCCCCCUCUACCGCCCCCGCAAGCUCUCAAAGAAAGACGCCCUCUCGGAGUAAGGGAGAAAAAGGUCGCAAGCCACAAACGACUUCUCGAACAUCGAAGCGAAGUUCUUCAACACCAGUAAUGAAGGGAAAGAAAUGACAGAGACGUGGACUCGUUAAAGGUAUAAAGAAGGGGUCUUGUGGAGAACCCGAUGCUUCUGUUGGCUGUAGGCAGAGAGAAAAGUUCGUUUUCUUAUGAGACGUUUGCACGAAACGGACACGUUAGACGAGAACCACCGUGCUGGAAGGCAAACAACGCCGUGGAACCUCGAAAAUUAAAUCAAGGAGAUUAGCUUUUUGAAUGAUGUAAAGUUAGCCUUUACGAUCUUAAAACUUAAAAUGUAAUUAUAGUGAUGGGUCUUCGAUAGCCGUCUGUAAUCAUGCGACAGAUUAAACAAAAUCGUACGACCGUGUAGCGAAGGAGGUUUAACCACAAGAAUGAUCACAGACGGACGGUAAUUGGACUUGUUAACAAUUAAUAAUAAUUAAUUUAGAGUUUGGGUUUUCCGGGUGGUUGUAUAAACAGUGACAAGAACAGG